CUUUAAGGCCGGUCACGUUUAGACGUUUGGAACAGUCUUACAGCAGCAGGCUUUGGUGGUGGUUGGCCCAGCUGGGCUCCAAGAAGGGAAACAGGGCAAGUCAGAGGCAAAGUUAGAGUGAGUUAAAGAGAGGACAGAGUGCGAGGGAAGAAGACGAGAGCCACGAGCUGAAACUAUGAACCCUCCUGGGAACACUUAAUCUUAUCGCUGACCAAGAGAAUGGAUGACUCAACCGACGUUUCAUUGGAGAGAAGUGGUUUCGGCUUUUGUUGCUUGGUGCUGGCGGCUCAUCUCUGGCUUGGUUUUCCCCUCUCCUCUGCCUCGAGUGUUGCAUCUCAGCCAAUCGUCUUCUGCUUCUGAGGCCUCACUCAUUCAUUAUUAAGCAGCUCCUGAUGUUUUGCUGGCCGACACCGCUCCGGUGUCAGGUACCCACACGAUCCCCUCCGCUGAACCACACUGUGCGAGGAUCCAGUUCCAGUCUCUGUGACCUGUUGGAGCUGCUCCUGAAGCCACCGAGCGCCGCUCCAAAACCUUUCGUUGGCUCUGGCUAAAUUUUCCCGUUGUUUAUUCGGCUAACCGUUGUGGAGGCCUUAAAAUGCAUUUGGAUAUUUCUCUUGGCGUGACGCUGGAGCUCUUUGGGCUCUGAGGAGGAGGUGCGGAGCUGAAAUAAGACGGCCUCGGACAAAAUGGCGACUCCUCAGAGCAGCUCCAGACAGAGCAGCUCCCUCUCUUCAUCACCCAUGAGCAGCCGGAUGCAAUCUCUCCAGGUGGACUCUGUCCAGCGCUGGAUGGAGGACCUGCGCCACAUGACCGAGGUGGAGUGCAUGUGUGUCCUCCAAGCCAAACCCAUCGGAGUGGAGGAGGACUCCCAGCAGGGAGAGUUGAUCAUGGGCUCCGCAGUCGGUGCCGGCGACCACGUGGCCAGGAACAACCUGCAGACACUCCUCCGCCGAGCACUGGUGGUCAGCACUGAGCUCGGCAAGAUGUUCCAGCGGUUGGAGAAGGGACGCUGGCAGAGGGUCCACGGCACCGCCGUGCGGGCCAACUGCCACGUUCGCUCUCUGGUGCACGAGUACAGCGCCGCCCGCAGCACGCCACCCGAGAUGCAGAAGUAUGAGACAUCUCUACUGGAGAAGUGCAUGGAGCUGACUAAUAUUACAGAGAGGUGCCUUCACACCGACGACGAGUUCUUCCUCAAGUCCAUGAGAGAGGCUAUCCAUGAGAUCCUCACUGAUGUCAGCGAUUCAUUCAGCAACAUGAUCGACAUGGCCUUGGCGAACGAGAUCCGGGUCCUGAUCAAACAGAUUGAAUCAUCGGACAACAUUCACAUCAUCGGCAGUGCCAUCAGCAACCUGUUGUCCCUCACCCAGGACGGACCUCAGCUCUGCAGCAUCAUUGCCAAGGAAGGAGCUGUGGUGGCCCUGUUUAAGAUCUGCAGGCAGGACCGCUUCAAGGACCUGUACGCUCACGCUCUGAGAACAGUGGCCUCCAUCUGCUGUGUGGAGGAGGGCAUCAACCAGCUGGACAAGGUGGAUGGGAUCCUGUGCCUGGCGGACAUAUUGACCGACGAAAGCAGCGUGGAGGCGGCCAGGGCCGAGGCGGCGGCGGUCGUGGCUCAGAUCACCUCACCUCACCACACGUCCACGCAGCACCUCGCCAGCUUCCUGGAGAGCAUGCACGACAUCGUCACGUCGCUCAUCAAGUUGUGCGAGAGCGCCUCCUGUGGUGAGGUGUUCCUCCUCGCAUCCGCAGCCUUGGCCAACAUCACCUUCUUCGACAGCAUGGCCUGCGAGAUCCUGCUGCAGCUCAACGCCGUCCAGAUCCUGCUGCAGGCCUGCAAAGACCGACAGAGGGUCGACACGCCCUACUCCAAAGACCAGGUUGUGACAAUCUUGGCGAACCUCUCAGUCUUAGAGCAGUGUGCUUCUGAAGUCCUGCAAGAGCAAGGAACGGAGCGACUGCUGCUGCUGCUGGGUGAAAAGCCGUCCUCCUCCAGUCCAUCGGAGGGCGCCGCCUGCGAGCGCGUCCAGCAGAAAGCUGCAGUCACCCUGGCCCGUCUGAGCCGAGACCCUGAUGUGGCCCAAACAGCCAUCCAGCUAAAAGCUGUUCCACGUCUCAUUGAACUGUGUCGGUCUCCUACUGAGAGAAAUAACAGCGACUCAGUGCUGGUCGCUUGCCUGGCUGCCUUGAGGAGACUGGCAGCAGGGUGCCCAGACAGCAUCGAGGCAGCCGACCACCAGCAGCUCAUCAAACCGCGGCUGGUCGACUCUUUCCUGCUGUGUUCCAACAUGGAGGAGAGCUUUGUAUGACGGCCUGCACAAUAAACACUGAGGGGCGGAGAGCUGAACUCGUGUACGAUGUGUCAUGAAACGGAGAGAGGACUCAAGAGCAGGUUCCGCUCCAGAACCGAAGAUUCUUUGUCACGUCCCGCGUAGCUUUCCCAGAUUUAAUCCUGGACACUUUGGAUUUGGGUUAAACGGAGAGAAACGGCAAUUUGUCAGUUUGAAUGGACGCAGGCGACGUUUAUAUGUAAAUGUACAUAAAUGUGCUGCCUAGUGCAACUCAGCGAUUACAUCGGAUGCAAUUAAUGUGUAUGGUGUUCUGGAAAAGACGUCUUUUUUUUUUUCAGAAGAGCAUCAUCAGCAACUUUAUCAGUAAUUCCUGGGGGAUUUUUGGUGGGUGAGACUCUUCGCGGAUUAAAGUAUAAACCUUUUUCUGAAUGAAAACACUUUAUAUGUUACCACUGUGCAAUGUUUUUGUUUUUGUCUGAGGAUAUUACUGUAUAUCCAAAGCAUUUCGACUUCACACAAUUUGAUAAUACUGUUUCUAUUGAAACAGCAUUGAAGGCUUCUCUGGUUUAUUUCUUCUCAACUCUCUUCUUGCUGGUCUGUUAAAAAUGUUUUCAAUCAGCCGCCAUUUUAUUCAGAUAACAACCGUAUACAACUAAAUUAUUACAGUUAGACAUGACAUUUCACUAUGUAUGUCAUUUGUGUACCUUAAUGGACAGGGCACUAUUCUUUUGUUGUAUUUAAUUUUUUUUUUAACGGAAACAUGAUCUCUUUGUCCUGAUGAAGAAUAUAUUGUUUUGUCAAUGAUGCAUGUUGUGAUUUUAUGGCAUGGGGUACUUUGAUUUGCCAUUUACUUCAAUUAUUAGACAUUUGCUACUGGAAAUUGAAUCGUUUAAAAAAUAAAAAGGUCUUGAAUUUGAAUAUAAAAUUCCUUUUUAUUCAACUUGUUACCAUUAUUGUAUGCCAUGCAUGGAAUAAAGACAAUCAUCCAUCUA